CAUUAUUGAAUUAUCACCAGCGAAUUCAGGACAAAGGCGUUGAUUUUGAACAAAGCAAUAUAUGGAUCGUUUGGAACAGGAAGAGACAUAUUUAUUAACGGAAGUUGAUAUCACCCAUCCACGGAUCUAUGGCCUCCAAUACGCCCAAACGGCUUCCGUCACUAGCACCGUUCCCCGAAGCUGAAUGGAGAGCACAUCUUGUGCCUGAAGAAUGGGCAGCAUGCCUUGACGCAUGGAUAGUCUUGGUUGAGGCCAAUUUAUCUCUGCCUCCUCAAAAUUUUGCUCAGGCCCUUGCCGGCGAUGAAUAUUUAGCGGUGUUUGUUACUUCAUAUACGAGGCAGCUCGCGCUGUUAUCACCUGACGUCGACUCGUUCGGCGACGUCGAGAAGUCCAAAACACUUAAGAAGAGCGUCUUCUUUCUUAUCAAUAGGCUACUGGACUCAGAGCCGCCUCCGGAGACGCUUCUUAAGUGGGAAUUCUUGGCGGACUUUGCGAAGGCGUAUGGGAAAGGCCUUUCGAAUAAACCUCUGGCCAACCUCUGGAGGAAAUCCUCUGAAGCACUCGCGUUACCUUUGGGCAACUUUAAGUCUCGUCUUACUAAAGACCUUGAAGCUGGACUCAAAGGUAAACCCGCAGAGGUCGAACAGACGUUGAAGCGUCUAAACCAUCUUCUCUAUGCGUCUCCCGAUACCGCUAUUUUUUUCAUGAGCGGAUCUGAUUUCCUUGAUGCUUUAAUAUCAUGUUAUAAGCUUAUGAAUCCACCAUUACGGAAGGCUAUCAUUUCAACGACAUAUUUGUGUCUAAUCACCUUGACCGAGGGUGAGAAGCCAAGGUUUUCUCAACUUAUUGACCAACUAUAUUCUCUACAAGCUGCAGCGGAAGCUCACAAGGCUGGUCCGACGAACGUCAAUGAUUCUCUCGUCGCAGAAUUAGUAACAGCUACUCCACUAUUAAAGCAAGUCAGAGACCGCAUAGAUCAGAGUGGCACAGGGUCUGCUAGAGCGAAGCCUAUCAUAUCGUCCUUGGAGGGCUUCCGGAAACCCAACGCUACACGCCCUAAACGGAUCGUCAAACGGAAGAUCAAUAAAGGAAAGAAAGCAGCCAAUGUCGAUAGUGAACAUGACCAUGGGGCAGGUCCUGUUCACAUCCACCUCAUCAGCCUCGUAUCUCAAGUCCAGGACCUAUUCCCAGAUCUCGGCUCUGCAUUCAUAGUAAAGCUGUUGGACGAAUACAACGAAGAUGUUGAAGUUGUGAUUUCUCAUCUUCUCGAAGACUCUCUCCCACCUCACCUCAAUGGGCUGGACCGCACAGAAGCACUCCCCGAAACUGCGUCCGGUGAAUCAACCUUACCACAUAUGUCGCCUCGUGCUACACCACCACUCGCCCCUACUCGCCGCAACAUCUACGACGAUGACGAGUUCGACCAGCUAGCCGUCUCUACCUCGCGAUUACAUUUCGGCCGUAAAGAUGCCGACAAGACCGCAGAUGACAUCCUCAAAGACCGCUCUACAGCGCCAAAUACAGCAGCUAUUCUCACAGCCCUCACAGCUUUUGAUAGCGAUGAUGAUGAGAGAGAUGACACAUACGACGCCGCAGAUGUAGGAGGCGCCGUAGACGCAAACAACACCGACGAACUACGAGACCAACGAUCAGAAAUGGAUGAUGCGAAGGAUGAAUUGCUCUUCCGCGCAUGGAAAAUGAACCAAGCGGUGUUUGGGCGGGAUGCACCCACGAGAAGGGGCAAAGAGCGAGCCAGUUUGAAGCAAGAGACUGGCAUGACAGAUGAGGCUAUUGAAGGCUGGGGUAUCAUGUUGUCUCGCGACCCGCGCAGAUUGCGCCGACUCGAAGCGAAGAUGUCGAGUUUCAGCGGUCAGCAGAACCAAUUGGCGCCCACUAGCUGGCGUGCGGAUUCCGGGACUGAGGGUACAGAUGGUAGUGAUGUUGAUGGUGGGAAUCGAGGUAGAGGAGGGUUCAGGGGCCGAGGUAGAGGUAUGGGUGGGAGAGGUAGGGGGGGAGGGUCUAGUGUUGCGGGAGCACCUGGGCAAGACACAGAUAAGGCGCGAGAAAGGAAGGACCAAAAUAAGGGGAGGGUGGCAAACCACAAUCGGAGAGACCAGAGGGCGAGGAAGGUGGCGAGGGCAGGGUUUCCGGGGUAGUUGGCGCAUGUCACAGGGAAAGUUGCUGUCAGAAGGUGGGCCAUGGGAGACGUGCUUUACAUAUAGAUAUCCAAGCUGGGUGUGGAAAUUUCCUGCAAUUAUUGGUAGAUGGUCCAUACACAGUCUAGAAUAGGCUAUGGAAAUAAAGUUCAAAAUAGACAUCUUUAAAACUGG